CAGUAGGAUGUGUUUCUUCCCGUUUGGCCACACAUCGUCCCAUCUGAAUCAACAGUCAUAGCGGUAAAACAGGAAGUAGAACUAAGCGAUACAACUACAUGCUAAAAGGUGGAUGGUCAGCAUUUAGCGCCGUUACAAAACAUGGCACACAGGAAUCCAUCUAUCGUGGUGGUUGGUGCUGGAGUGGCAGGACUCGCUGCAGCCAAGAAACUGAAAGAAUAUGGAUUUAAUGACGUCACGGUGCUGGAAGCGUCCGAGAAGCUCGGAGGAAGAGUAGCUUCUGCAACUCAAGGUCAUGUAUGUGUUGAUACCGGAGCACAGUACAUCCAUGGGACGUCAGAAAAAAACCCAGUCUACUGUCUACUAAAAAAGUCUGGCCUUCUAAACCAGAUCCCUGAGAUGGGUGAAGAAGCAUUUUACAGUAACAAGGGACACAAAGUAGAUGCAAACUUCGCCAGACGUGCAUAUGAAGCUGGAGAGGGCAUCAUUCGAUACCGUGGCUCCAACACGGGAAAGAGUUUGGGUGAACACUAUGCUGAAAAAACCCAGGAUGUGAUUGACCACUUGCAAGACAAUGACAAUCACUUGAAAACGAGGAUGCAGGGUAUUUUGGCUUUGGUCGGAAAAGACAUGCUGAUUGACGUUGGAGCUUCAGACCUCCACAGGAUCUCUCUUGACUCCUGGCAGUAUUAUAUCAACAUGGGUGACAGUCUCAAUGUUGCAGGUUUAAUGUUUCAGCUUGUGGAUAUGCUGCUGGAGGACUUCCCUAAAGAUCGUUUGCUCCUAAAACGAGAAGUUAGUAAGAUCAAAUGGGAUGGAUCCUUUUCUGUUGCCCCUCCUCAUAAUGAACCUCUCCCUGCUCCCACUGAAUCUGCUUCUGAAGAAAAAAUCCACCAGUACCCAGUUUGCAUUGUGUGUGAGAAUGGGGACGAGAUUUUAGCCGAUCAUGUAAUUGUGACCAUUUCAUUAGGGUGUCUAAAAGCACAAGCAUCUAGCCUAUUCAUCCCCAGUCUCCCAACUGAGAAAAUCGAGGUCAUCGAUAAGCUGUGCUUUGGCAACAUUGCCAAGAUCUUUCUGGAGUACGAAGAGGCAUUCUGGGAAAAUGAUGUUGGUUCGAUCAGCCUCAUUUAUGAGGAUGACACCCCUGCCUCUGUAUCCACCAAUAAAAUGCAGUGGCUCAAGAACGUGCAGUCCUUUUCUGUCCUGAGACCCAAAGAAAGGUUUGGCAAUAUCUUAAUUGGUUGGUGUCCAGGAGACAUAGCUGACCUGGUUGAAACCAUGACAGACGAUGAGCUCUCAACUGCGAUGACUGAGCAUCUCAAAAUGUUCUUUGGACGUUCAGACAUUCCUCGGCCGAAAUCCAUACUCUGCACUAAGUGGCGCAGCAACAACUUCAUAAAAGGAAGCUACGCUUUCCUCCCUGUUGGUGUUGAUGGCCAAGUUAUGGACACAUUGGCCCAACCACUAGUGGGCAGCUGGCAUCCUGACCAAGAUCUUCAGGUCCUGUUUGCAGGUGAGGCAACGAUGAAGACUCUUUAUGGCACAGUGCAAGGAGCUCUUCUCUCAGGACACAGGGAGGCAGACAGACUGGUAGCACAUUAUAAGAAGACCGUGGCUCCCACUUCCACUACCUCAUUGGACAAACAAGUUUAGAGAGUUAAAAUCUGUUCAUAAUCUUUUUUCUGUGGCUGAUGGUGUCCAAAAACAGGCCCGAGAAAAAAAAUGUUUUCGACUGAGGAUGUGAUCACAACAAGCCUGCCCCCAUGAGGCUGCUCUAUGUAAAAUAAUAUACUUUUUUUUUUUUUUUUUUUACGUACAAAAACGUUUUAAUUAAUAAUAAAAAAAAAAAACUGAUUUAAAAUUUUUACUGUGGUGUAUUGUACCUUUUUAUGUCGUAUUCUAUGUAUUUUAUAUAUUUUUAUGACGAGAAGAAAUUAUGUUCAGAAUUUCAUAUUAUAUUUUUAAAUAAAAUAUUGCA